CGCUCGCACAGCUAAAAAGGGAUGAAACGCUGGCCGUACCUCGCGCUCUUCUUCGCCAACGCGGUCGUGGCCGCGCUGCUGGCGACCUACGGACAAGAUCUGCUGCAAAAAUCGCCAGCGAUCGGGCACUGCGACGUCCGCGCCAACGCCCACUGCCUCGGCCAACAAACCAUCUACCGGGCGAGUGCGACGAUCGCGGUCUUCUUCCUCGUGCUCAUGCUGCUGAGUGGGCUCUACGAACACCGCGCAUUUCGGAGCCGCCUCGUGCUCGGCUGCCAACUGCCCGUGUACCUCGGUGCACUCACCGGCGCCUUCUUCCUCCCGAAUGAGGUCUUUGACGCCUACGCCUACAUUGCGGCCGUGCUCUCGGGCCUCUUCAUCCUCAUGCAAAUCGUCAUCCUCCUCGACUGCGUCUACCACGUACGCGACAGCCUCCUCAACCGCAUGCAAGAUCCCAAAGCGCCCCGCUCGUGGCUCUGGCCUUGUGUCUACCUCGGCCUCUCGGUCACGGGUCUGGGCUUGGCUGUGCUCGGUCUCGUCGUUCUGUUUUACUACUACGCCGCCUCGCCCCUCGGGCUCGGCUUUCUCAUUGGGACCUGUGUCUCGAUUCUGGUCGUUGUGCUUCUCAGCGUGGCCGACCGGGUUGGCGCGGGUCUCUUGCCGCCCGCCGCCAUCGCGCUCUACCUCGUGUACCUUCUCUGGCAGACGCUGCUCUUGCUUCCUGAUGUUGAACCGGCCUUUCUCCAAGGCGGGAGCCGAGCGAGUACCAUUUCGAUUCCAAGCACCAUCAUUGCCGCACUGACCGUCUCCUACACGGGGUGGCGAACGUCGUGCGCUGCGUCGUCCAUCUUUCGCUUGGAGCUCCCCGAAGCCCCAACAGAGACAGCGUUGGAUCCCGUCUGCGCCGAAGCGGGCCGCCGUGUCGUCGACAUUGAACCGCAGAUCAUGGCGCCGAGCUGGCAGUUCCACUGCAUCAUGCUCUUUAGCGGCCUCUACAUGGCCAUGGCGCUCACCAACUGGGGCGUCGGCACCGGGGAGAGCGACACGCAGCGCGUGAGUAUGUGGGUGCAAAUCGCAUCGCAGUGGGCGACGACCCUCCUCUUCACAUGGACGCUCCUCGCGCCGCUCGUGCUUCCCGACCGCGAUUUCUCUUAACUAACAGAGCUGAUUGCAAAUGUUGACCUCGAG